AUGGACUCUCUAAUCCCCAAUCCGACUCCGGAGAACCCCGCCGAUGCCAGGCAUGAAAAAGUAGCCUCUCUCAUGGUAAACAUGUACGAAAUCCUCACCGACCCAGUCUUCCAACGCGUCUCUCCCAUCUCAACACACGAGCAAUCACGAUUCAAGCCGCGAGUCAGCAAAGCAACCGACGACAAAGCUAAAUGUUUCUAUCACAUCCUGAACAUCGAUUACCCAGUCGUACCUCCGAACCUCGCCAGGCGAUUCCAAGACCUCGGAAUCAAAUUCCUCCUCCGCACUGCGCAAGUAUGCAUCCGAGAAAAGAACCCCGACGAAGCCGAGAAGCACACCAAAGACGCCAUCGAGGUUGCAAAGUCCAUACCGGACGAUAUUCUCGUCGCCAGAUGUCAAUUCUGGCUUGGCCGCGUCGAAUUCUUACGCGAAAACUUCAAGCAGGCCCAUGCGCACUUUGCCGCGGCACAGAACUCUGUCAUGGAUGAUACCUGCAUUGAAGGCGAGGAGGUGCGCUUGUACAUGGAUAUUACGCGGCACGGAAUCAGUAACGAAGGUCGUGCUCGCAGAUUGGAGGAUUACAAAAGGGCUUUUGAUGCGGGGGUUCGAUACGAUCCAUCCAGCAAUAACUCUGUCUCUCUCAAAUCCCGGAAGCGUAAGCGACCGAUCAGGACUUGGAAAAGUAUCCUCGAGGACCCAGAGCGGGGAAUUGAGCUUCCUGUUAUUCUUAGUGAGCCACUUCGUGGUAAAAUCUCGCCAAUUUACGAUGGGCUUCAGCCACAGGCUCCAAAGUCAACGGAUGUUCACUCGAGAGCAGAACUCACGCAAGGUCCCACAGAGAAGAUCACACAAUGUACUAAUUCUCCUUCUGUUUCUGCUUCUGCGCCUGCUCUUACCCCUGUCCUCGCUCCAAAUCCAGUCCCAAAAAAGCCCAGCCCAACCUCGUCCAUGGAGACUGUCGUCGUCAAUAACGUAGAAGUCAGCAGGCCCUAUCAAUUCGGCACCCCAGUUGAACCCUCCCAAAUCAAGAAAUUCAAAUUUGGCUGCGUCCACAUAGGCCUUUCAAAACGCAGCCGUCAAAUGAAGAUUUUUCCUCGUCAACCUGGUGAGAUUGUCAUGUCUGAGUGCGAUUGGAAGUCUAUUGAGAAGCGGGCUCGCACAGAUAUCGUUACUAUGGAUUACUUGAGACGUGAGAUGGAGGGGCUGGCUAUGGUUGUUGAAGAAAUGUGA